AUGAGGAGAGGAGCCAGCCUGGUGUGGAGGAGGAGGAGCAGCGGGGUGAGAGAGAUCCCAGAGGACACAGUGGCAGGCAGCCAAAGGGAAGGGCAGCAUCAGAAGCCCGGGUGGCCUCCGUAUCUGCGCCGCUGGGAAGACUUAUUUUGUUUCCAGAUGGCUUCUUCCUUUUAUCGCCUCCUCCUUUUUGUUGGCCUCUGGGCUCUCAUCUGCUGCAAGCCCCCAUCCAGUUCCCCCAGCAGAGGGUCUCCACACCCUCCCUACACCAAGAGCAGCCCCAUCUCCCAGGUGUCUUCCAGCAGUACCAACUUUGCCUUCCACCUGUACCGGAGACUGGCUCUGCAGAGUCCAGGUCAGAACAUCUUCUUCUCCCCUGUGAGCAUCUCCACCUCACUGGCCAUGCUGUCCCUGGGAGGCCACUCCGCCACCAAGGCUCAGAUCCUCAGGACCCUGGGCUUCAACCUCACAGCCACACCAGAAUCUGCCAUCCACCAGGGUUUCCAGCACUUGGUCCAUGCAGUAAAUAUUCCCAACAAAGAACUGGAUUUGAGGAUGGGGAGCGCCCUCUUUGUCAAAAAAGGGCUGCAGCUACAGGCAAGUUUCCUAGACAGAGCCAAGAGGCUGUAUGGAUCAAAGGUCUUUUCUAUGGAUUUCUCUGAAGCUUUCACUGCCCAGAGAAUCAACAGAUAUGUGGAAAAGGAGACCAAAGGAAAGGUGAUGAACUUAAUCCAAGACCUUGACCCUCUGACUGUCAUGGUCCUGGUGAACCACAUUCUCUUUAAAGCCAAGUGGAUGAAGCCCUUUAACCCUGCAGAUACUCAUAAAAGCUUCCCAUUUCUGGUGGACGAGCAGACCACCGUGCAUGUCCCUAUGAUGCAACAGAUGGGAACGUUUGCUUUCGGGGUGGAUUCAAAGCUGAACUGCUCUGUGCUGCAGAUGGACUUCAGGGGAGAUGCCAUGGCCUUCUUUGUCCUUCCUGGUGAGGGCAAGAUGAGGCAGCUGGAGGAGAAGUUGUCAGCCAGGAUGCUGAGAAAGUGGAGCCACUCACUCCAGAAGAGGCAGAUAGAAGUCUUCAUCCCCAAAUUUUCCAUUUCUGCCUCCUACGACCUGGAAACCAUUCUCCCAAAGAUGGGUAUCCGUGAUGCUUUCAGCAAAAAUGCUGAUUUUUCUGGGAUUACAAAGACAGGCUUUCUGCAAGUUUCCAAAGCUACUCACAAGGCUGUGCUGGACAUUGGUGAGGAGGGGACAAAAGCUGUAGCAGCCACCGCAACGAAGCUCAUAGUCCGGUCCAAGGAUACGCCCUCUUCUUCUGCUAUAACCUUAAACAGGCCCUUCCUGAUGUUUGUUGUGCAAGAAGACAGAAAUGCUGUUCUCUUCAUGGGAAAGAUUGAGAAUCCUACUAAAGCCUAGAGGGGACCUGACCUGUUGGCAAGUUAUCCACUAAUAAAGAUGCACAGGAAAUAACAACACUGAGCGCACUCCUACGGUGACACUGAGAUCCAUCUUCUCCUGGUCUAAGGGCCCACCUCACCCCUGCAGAGCUGUUGGGGUGGGGAUGCCUGUUCCAAGGCACAACAUCAGACUGAGAACACAGGUUCUGGUCUCAAGCCCCAACCCUGGACCCCAGGCAGUGUGGCCCUUUCUACCAGCUCCAUGGAGCAUGGCUGGGAUGGUAGCUCCAUUCCUCAGAGCCUAGGAAGGAUGCCAUGCAGAGCAGGUGGCUUUAUUGCAGAAUUAUGGCAAUGCAGUCAGAAACCUCAAAUGUGAACCUAGCCAGAGCAGGGCUGCCUCCUACCUGUAGGGUCCUGAUUUGAUUGAUGGGGUAACUCAGUGGCUGGGAUGCACCCCCA